GGCGGUCAGUCCGUCAGUCCGUCCCUCGUCAGUCGGUCCCUCAGCCGCGCCGAUGCUAACACCGUUUUCCGGGAUCCAGAAGCCCUGCAACCUCAGUGUCUUCCUUGACUCCUCACUGUCUUUGAACUUCUACUGCCAAGUCCUGGUGGUUCUUCCUACACAACCAAUCUCCCAAUUCCUCCCCUCCCUCUCCACCCAAACAACCACCACCCUGGUUCAAGCUACGGUCACAUAGUGGCUAGACUAUUGCAAUUGGCCUUCUUGCUGGUCUCCCUGCCUUCAGCCUCUCCCUGUUUAUAGGCUGCCCACCAAUUCACCCCCAAUGGACCUAUCUGUCCUCUUCCCCUGCUGUUGUCAGAGUCACUUGAUUCAUUCCUUCCAGGCUAACUGUGCCUUGCCCUCAACUAUCUCCUCAGUCAAUGUUAUCCUAGCUUGGAAGGCCCUCCACCAAACUUGCAGUGCUUUCCCCAUAUUCAAAGCCUUCCUACAUUCCCUCCUCCUCCAGUAAGCCUUCCCUGAUUAAUUCCUGCCACCUUAAAUUGUAUAAACCCAUCAGCCGUCUCUCGCACUCAUAUACUUAUUUAUGCCCAUCUUCAACACAUUUUAUAAAUCAAUCAAACAAUGUCAUUGAUUAGAAGAAGGAUAUCACUAACAUGAAUGAAAGUAGCCGUUGCCACCUUCAGAGUCAAGCCUGCGUUCUCUGCCGACAAACUGAUGAUUGUCCUGAAAAAUAUGGAGAAAAGAAAACCUACCAGGAACAUAAUCUCACCUUACAUUAUUACUGUUUGUUGAUGUCAAGUGGAAUUUGGCAGAGAGGUAAAGAAGAAGAAGGCUUUUAUGGUUUUCUGAUAGAGGAUAUCAGAAAGGAAGUAAACAGAGCUUCCAAACUGAAAUGUAGUGUUUGUAAGAAAAAUGGUGCUUCAAUUGGGUGUGUAGCACGCAAAUGUAAGCGAAGUUAUCAUUAUCCUUGUGGGAUUCAAAAAGAGUGCAUUUUUCAGUUUACUGGAAACUUUGGGUCCUAUUGUUGGGAGCAUCGACCUGUUCAAAAAAUUCCGUCUAGCAAUUGCAGAGGUUCUUCACCGUGUACUAUUUGUUUGGAAUUUGUUGAGCAUCUUCCGAGGUAUAAUAUACUAAGAAGUCCUUGCUGUAAGAAUGCUUGGUUUCAUAGAGACUGUUUACAGAUUCAAGCUCUGAAUGCUGGAGUGUUUUUCUUUAGAUGUACAGUAUGCAAUAAUAAAGAUAAUUUUCAGAAUGAGAUGUUGAGAAUGGGUAUCCACAUUCCAGAAAAAGAUGCGUCUUGGGAACUUGAAGAAAAUGCAUAUGAAGAACUUCUGCAGUACCACCAACGUUGUGAUGUCAGAAGAUGUCGCUGCAAAAAAGGAAGAGAAUAUAAUGAACCUGAUAGUAAAUGGGAAAUAAAGCGCUGUCAGUGUUGUGGCUCCAGUGGAACACAUUUGGCCUGUUCCUCACUACAAACAUGGGACCAAAACUGGGAAUGUUUAGAAUGCAAAAGUAUCAUCUACAAUUCAGGAAAUUUCCAAGGGCAGAAUAAGCACUCUCUAACGAACUCAGAAAGUAUUGGAGUUACUGAUAGGUUGUUGGAAGAGCCUUCUCCUAAAUUCCCCAGACAGUCCCCAGGAUCUCAGCACAAGGAUCUGAUCAGAUCACCAAAGAUAUUACAUCAGGGGAGCUUGAGUCCUCGCUCCUGUUUGGCAUCAAUAUCCCCUCUUAGUGCUGCAGCAAAAAAUCAACCUGUUAGAAAAGGGCAAGUCAGCAUCCUGAGAAGAGAAGCUUCCAAUAUAUUGAGAGAGUUAGGCUUCCAAAUUAAAACGAAAUCCAGAAGACUGUAUAUCAACAAAGACACUGUGUGGAGAAGUGCCUUAAGGGAAUUAAAGAAGCGAAACUUCGACCCGACUGAAACAAUUGAAAUAAGGUUCUCAAACGAAAAGGAGAUGUUCGGAAGAGGUGAUGUUCUUGGAUCGAAGCAAGAAUUCUUAAGCCUACUGAUGUAUCAUCUUGAGAACUCACCACUGUUUGAAGGGUCCUCCUCAAAGAAUCUAUCUCUUGAUUCUGAAGCUCUGAAAGAGAAUUACUACUAUGAAGCUGGCAGAAUGAUUGCAAUUUCUUUGGUACAUGGCGGGCCGUCACCUGGUUUUUUUUCUAAAACAUUGUUUAACUGCCUUGUUCAUGGACCUGAGAACGUACAACCAACUGUGGAAGAUGUUGCAGACAUUGACGUGGCACAAACAAUUAUGAGGAUUAAAUCAGCAACAACUCUUGCCAGCUUAAAGACGGCAAUACACGAUUGCUUUGACCACCUUAAUCCUGCUGGAUGUUUAAGACUUGUAACAAUGUUAAGUGAUAAGGAUGCAUUGGUAAAGGAUUUGCUCAACUACCAUGUAAUUAAGAGAGUCCAGGAACCUUUCGAAAGUUUUAGGCAAGGUUUGAAAGCCCUUGGUGUACUGGAAAAAAUGCAGUUAUAUCCAAAGGAAUUCUGUAGCAUCAUGUGUCACAAACCUGAGAGGAUUACCGCAAAAUCCCUUAGCGAUCUCUUUACCAUCCAUAUGUUUUCUGAUGUAAAGAAGGCCAGAGUCGUGGGCUAUUGGAUGGGCUACUUACAAGAUGUAGAAGGUGGUGAAUCUGAAGUAACUAUGGAGGACAUUCUGUUUUUUGCAACUGGAACCAGUUCCAUUCCACCUGUUGGAUUUGCGAUGGCUCCUUCGAUCGAAAUCAUGCAUAUGGACUAUCCACUUGGAAACCGAUGUAAUAAUUGCUUAGUUCUUCCGAUAACUAACACAUAUAAAGAAUUUCAAGAAAACAUGGACUUUGCAAUCAGAAACACUUUAAGAGUAGAAAGAGAAAAGAAUUGUUAUCACACUGGAUGGUAAAAUAUUUUUUAUUCAGACAUACCUGUUUUCAAGCUGCUAUUAUUAGGUUUGCUCAACAUUAAAAAUAAUAAUAAUUUCCCUCUUAUCAGCUAAAGUUUGUCAUUCAUCAUAGACUCACAGUCCAAGUGAAUUUUUACGGUUUUUGUACCUCGGGAUAAUUAUGGUAUACCAGUGGGCAAAGAAUUUGAAAUGAAAAAAUACAGCUUGAAAAUAAAAAUUCCCACUCCAGAAGUUGCUCUCAGUAUUGUCAUGCAGGUAUCCCUCUAGACUGUAAACUCAUUAUGGGCAGGGAAUAUGUCUGCUAAUUUCUCUUGUACUGUAC